UUCUCCCUGCGGGCUCCGUUGCCCGCCUUCUUUCCGCGCUCCGCCAGCGGCCCGCGGGCCGAGGGUAAUGGGCGGCCUCUUGGGGCGCGCGGCGCUGCCGGGGUUGCUGAGCGGCCCGCGGGCCGCAGGCCCAAGCCUGCUCGCACGCCCCAGCUCGGGAGGGUCUUCCUGGACCCGGGAGCGGACCCUGGUUGCAGUGAAGCCAGAUGGGGUGCAGCGGCGACUCGUUGGGGAUGUGAUCCAGCGCUUUGAGAGGAGGGGCUUCAAGCUGGUGGGGAUGAAGAUGCUGCAGGCGCCAGAGACAGUCCUUGCCGAGCACUACCAUGACCUGCGGAGGAAGCCCUUCUACCCAGCCCUCAUCAGCUACAUGACCUCCGGCCCCGUGGUGGCCAUGGUCUGGGAAGGCCCCAACGUGGUCUGCUCCUCGAGGGCCAUGAUAGGACACACCAACUCAGCUGAGGCUGCCCCCGGCACCAUCAGGGGGGACUUCAGCGUCCACAUCAGCAGGAACAUCGUCCACGCCAGCGACUCCGUGGAGGGGGCCCAGAGGGAGAUCCAGCUAUGGUUUCAGAGCAGUGAGCUCGUGGACUGGGCAGAAGAAGGCCACCAGAGCAGCACCUACCCAGCCUGAGCACCCGGGCUGCCCUCAGCCACCCGGGAUCAACUACCUCUGUCGACAAGAACUUGAGCCCACACCGCGGUCUGCCCUUCUGUCCCAGACCACCUCCCUGUCUACCUUCUGCCCCACCCCAGCCCAGAGGGGUUGAAUAACCAACUUUAUGUGCCUUCUAAUAUCCUAGCCAGUAACAACUUGGACCAAGUUCUUUCUGUACCAAAGUGCCAGACUGACAGUCUUUGGGGCAUCUCCAAGAGUGGGUACUGUGACCUCCCUUCCCCCAAAGCCGGGGGCUGGGGAGGGGGGCGACAUGAAAAUUCACUGUGUUGUGUAUGGGGUGGAUUGCUGGUUAGUUUGUGCCAUCUCUGAGGUAGGGAUGAGGACGAGGACUUUAUGCAAAUUAUGAGUUUGAGUGUUGAAAUAAAGCGUACCUUCUCACACAUCA